ACUCCUGGUCCUAGCUCUAAUUUUUUUCUCUGUAAGAGGUUUCUCACUUCAUACCUUAAGGGUUCCCUCUAGUGGGAUCUUUGAUAAAAAAAAACACAGAUGAGUUGCUGAAAUCUCCUCUCUACACCAUGGCUGACACUACUCCAGUCCGGAAUAACCACGUCUUUGAUGAGGAGGCAGUGGAGAGAGUUCUGUCUGCAGGGAUCCCAGGGUUUCCUCAAGACCCGGGGCAACCUUUCACCGUCAGACAGUACAGAUGGGGACAGUCCAACCCAACAUUCCGUUUACAGAAGGGAGACAAAGAGUAUGUGCUGAGGAAGAGACCCCCUGGGACACUCCUGAAAGGAGCACAUCAGGUGGCUAGAGAAUACCGGGUGCAAAAGGCAUUAUUUGAGGUGGGAUUUCCUGUACCGAAGCCAUUGAUGUUUGUAGAUGACCAUUCCAUUGUUGGCACUGACUUCUAUGUGAUGGAGUGUGUGCAGGUGAUGUUCAGGGUUAUAUUCACUUGCAAAUAUUAA